AUGCAUUCCCCCCAUUUCCACCGCCUGGCAGCACCAGUCCUUCUACUCCUACUACAGUUACAGCUCCAUCCCCUCUUCACAACAGCAAGCAGUAGUCCCAUCGACCACACCCACGACUCGGAUAAAACAUUAUUCCACUUCGUCACUCGUCCCGACCUCAAAGCCCCCCGCUGGAACAUCCAAAUCUCCCCCUCCUCCUCCUCUAGAGAAGAAGGCCUCACACCCGGCUACUGGUUCCUCGCCCCCUUUUCCCACCUCGACCAAAUUUCCCCUGCGAACGGCUGGGUCGGACCGCACAUUUACGAUAACUCGGGAGAAUUGGUGUGGAGUGGAGUGGGGGUUUCGAGGGGGUGGGAUGUGCUGGAUUUUAGGAGGAGUUUUGUGAAACAAGAGAAAAAAGAGAAAAGGGGAGAGGAGGAAGGAGAGGGGAAGGGAAAGGGGGAGGGGGCGUUUUUGACGUUUUUGGUGCAAAAGACGGGUGAGGCGGUGGUUUUGGAUGAAAUGUAUCAGGUGAGGGAGAGGAGGAAGGUGGGUAAGGGAGGAGGGAAUUUUAAUUCGCAUGAGUUGCAUUUUUUGGGGGAUGGGGAUGAUGGAGAUGAUGAUGGGACGAAAGUGGUAGUAAUGCACGAAACCCAUCGCACAGUCCCCUCCGAAGAAAUUCGCGGAUUAUCAUCUUCUUCGAUGAACGAAACGACGAGUCCAUGCAAAGUCCAAUGGGACGGCUUCCGCGUCCUCAACACCCUAACGUGGGAAACAAUUUUCGAAUGGAAUUCCUACAACCACGUCAAAUUGACAGAAAGCACAUUCCUCGACGGCGGAAUCGAAUCCCUCUGCUCCAACCCCUGGCCAUGGGAUGCCAUGCACAUGAACGCCGUGGACAUGAAUCCUCACGGAGACUAUUAUCUCUCGGCACGACACACGGAUACGAUUUAUAAAAUUUCGGGAAGAGAUGGACGUGUGAUUUGGAGACUUAAUGGGCGAGAUAGUUUGUGGAAUGAUUUUGUUAUGGGAGAGGAUUUUACGACGGGGGGAAGUUUGAGGUUCUCGAGGCAACAUCAUGUCAGAUGGCGUGGGGAGAAUGGGACGCAUGAGUUUAUUUCGAUUUUGGAUAAUGCGAAAGGGACGGAUAUGCAGCCUGCUACGGGUGAGAAUUCGAGGGCGAUUGUUCUUGCUCUGCAUACGGCUGGGGAAAAUAGCUCUUCUUCUUCUUCCUCCUCCAAGAUGACAGCAUCCCUCAUCUCCUCCAUCAACCACCCCAACGGCAAAGGCUCCUACGCGCCCCGAAGAGGCAACUACCAAUUCCUCGGAACCCAACAACUUUCCAACAACUCCUCCUCCUCCUCCUCCUCCUCCUCCUCCUCAAAUUCCUGGAUCAGUUGGUCCGAAGAAGCCCUCCACACCGAACAUUUCCCCAACGGCAGCAUCGCAUUACAAGCAAGCCUCCACGCCAAUUGGUUGGGAACCUAUCGCAGUUAUAAAUUCCCUUGGAGAGGAAUCCCAAAGGAAAAACCUGUUGUGCAUUCUGUGGGGUAUUUGGGAGGAGGAGGGAAGAAAAAAAAGGAGAGAAAUGGUCAUCAUUAUCAUCAUCAUUACCACAACGACAACAACUCUUCUUCCUCUUCUCCAUCCUCUACAAAUACCACCACCAGUACAAGUACAACAACAACAACAACAACAAUAAUCCACGUCUCCCAAAACGGCGCCACAGAAAUUUCGCAUUGGAAACUCUACAAAACCAUCCCAUCAGGCAAUUUUCGACUGUUCCUCUGUGAGCGACCUCGUCAAGGCUUUGAGACGCAAUUGGCUUGGAAAGGGUUUGCUUCGUAUGUGAUUGUGGAAGCGGUGGAUUUCGAGGGAAAGGUUUUGGCGACUUCGGAGGUGGUGGAGACGAAGAAGUUGAUAGGUAAAGAUGAUGGGGAUGGGGAUGGGGAUGAUGAUGAGAUGGAUGAGGAGGGGUUGGUGAUGAGUGGGGAGGUGGCGGAGGAGGUUUGGUGGGUGCAGGAGAAGGAGAGGGAGGAGAGGGAGGGGGAGGAGGAGAGAAGAAAGGGGGAAGAGGAAAAGUCGCUUGGCAAGGGGGAAAGAAAUGAGGGGAGUGGUUGGUGGUGGUGGUUGAGUGGCGCACUUUCGAUGGUUUCCGACGAGGCUGAUUCUACUUCUACGAAGCAGCAGGAGCAGCAGCAACUCCAACUUCUAGCAGCAGGGAGAAGAGAUUGUGUGUUUGCUUUCGCAGGAGGGAUUCUCGUUGCGGCGAUGCUGGUUUGCGUGUUUGGUGUGAUCCGGCUGAGGAGAGGUCGACAGCGACAGGUGCAGUUUUAUCAGGCGUUAGGGAAAGAUGAAGAUGAAGAUGAAGAGUGAAUGCGCACUUCCCCUCUUCCAUCUCAUCGUGAGUCUUUCUUCACAUGACGAACGACGACAGCAAUAGUACACCGUCGUUCUUCUUCCACAUCAUAUUAGUAGAUACUACCAUCCUCCUCACCCCUUCAAAGAAGAAUUCAAAUCCUCUCCCUUCUCCAUCCUCUCCCUAAUCACCUUCGUACACUCAACCAAUCGAUCCACCGCCUCCAACAAUUCCUCCUUCUCCAUCCACGCCCAACACAAACGCAUACAAUACGCAAACCCACCAUCCCUCUCCGCCCUCUGCAAACUCCCCUGAUCCCCCGCCACAACAAACAUGUGUCCAAACGCGAUGCGAAGAUUAAACUCCUUCAACGCAAUCGCAGCGAAAGUUUUGGCAAAGACGCCAUGGGUGAUGAAGAUGGCUGGUAGACGGAGAUAGGUGAAAAACCCGCCUG